AUGCCAAAGAUGCGACCCUGUGACGUGAGCAUCUACAAUGCUGCAAAAGCGCGCGAAAAUUUAGCGAAAAGAGCUCGUCUGCAAUCGACUUACAAGAAUCGCGAAAAGAUGGCGUCAGGCGUAAUCAAUAAAUACAAGCCCGGAUCUUACGUACGCAUUAGUCGCACAAAAAAUACUUUCGAGAAGGGAUACGAAAAAAAUUUUAGCGAGGAAGUUUUCAUGAUUAAGCGCAUAUCCAACAGACAGCAGUUACCAACGUUUAUCCUGGAAGAUUUGAACGACGAGGAGAUUGACGGCUUUUUCUAUCUCGAGGAGCUCGCUCAUGUUGGCACGAAACGCAUGUCGGACGCUGCUGAGCAAUUCAAAAUAGAGCGCGUAAUUCGUACAAAGGGUCGUGGCUCGAAGAAGCAGCUACUCGUCAAGUGGGCUGGCUAUCCGGACAAAUUCAACUCGUGGAUAAGCCUCUGA